GCUUUUCUUUCUCAAGACAGAUGUCAUAAAAGCUAGAGAAGUGAAACGAUCCAGCAUACAUUUUAGUUGCACAAAGCAAGCAUAUGUAAAACUGCUUAUCAUGUACACAUGAGGAUGGUGUUUCUCUGAAAAUAACAACAAGUUACUUACUAAUGGGCCUAGCUAUAGCUCAAGAAAACAACAUGGGUUUAAUGAGGAGAAAUUGUUCCAUGAAGCGGGUAUUCUUGAUCUUGGCAGGAUUGUUAGCGAUACACAUAGUUGUGAUGACACUGUUCGAUAUAUACCGACCACCCCUAACUGAUUUCCCAGAUAAUGAACCUGGUUAUGGAGACUGUCCUGCGUGUAUAACUAGGCACCCUAGAAAGAGCAAUUGCAAAGGAUGUUUCCCUAUCGCAUACCCAAACAUACUUAACAAUGGGAAGAUGUGCGAGACUGGGAAAUCACUAGACUUUAUGAUUCUGAUAGCAUCUGAACCAGAACAUGUUAAACAUAGAGAGGCUAUCAGAGACAGUUGGGUAUCUAAGAAUGCAAAAUAUGAAAAUGUUACUUUCAAAUAUGCUUUCAUCAUGGGGUUGGAUCAUUCCAAUAAUACUGCAAAUGCAAAUGUAUUAACAGAAGCAGACACCUCAAAUGAUAUCAUACAGUAUAAUUUUGUGGAACAUUUUCGCAAUGAUACAAUAAAGGGAGUUCUAGCUCUAAAUUGGGCUGUGCAGUUUUGUCAAAAUGCCAAUAUUUUGAUCAAAGUUGAUGAUGAUGUAUUUCUUAACAUUCCUAACCUAAAGGACACAUUAGACAAGACACCAUUGGAUAAAACUGUUGCAGGACAUUGGCUAGCCUCCAGGGGCCCAGUGAGGACUGAAAAAUCAAAGGCGUAUGUCCCAUAUUCAUACUUUCCUGAAAGUAGCUUACCUGAAUACAUCUCCAGUUCUAUGUAUUUGAUGACAUAUGAAACAGCCGUGGAGGUUGUGAAAACUGUGCCUGACACCCCAUUUUUCCAUCUUGAGGGGGUAUAUAUAUCUUUCGUCAUACAUAAAAUUGGUUAUGGGGUGAAACAACUUGAUGGUUUUAACAAUUUCCAAGUACACCCCAAUCCCCAAUACUACUGCUCAUGUCUCACUACCAGUCAGGAACUCGAGCCUGAAGACGUGACUAUGAUCUGGGAUGGAAUGCGGUUAGCAGGCUGUACUGAACAAAGGGUCAGAUGUAAGACGUCUUAUACUCCCUACAUCGACGUCACCUGGUGCCGCUACUGGUGGUGGAGGCAUACUAUCUGGCUCAUAGCCAAAUGGACGUUCAUCAUUACAAUGUGUAUUAAUAUACCUCUGGGUGGUCUAUUAAACUACCUCGGCAGUAGAGGUGUGUAUUUGAACGCCCUGCAUAAGGCUCUCUACUUGGGUGACACUGACGGACUAGUGGAGCAUGCCAAAGAUGGGAGAUCGUUGAGAGAUAUCGUAAGCUCAAACCCACCCACACUCAUUAAAAAUGUCUAAUGAUCAGAAUAUGAAUGUUUGCUUUUACAUGUAGAAUUUUGGAAUAGAGUGGGGUAGAUGUUACCAUUAAAAUGACAAUCACGUCAUUGAUUGGGCCUGGGGACAAGGCACCAAGCCCAGGGCGAUCACAAACCAGACAGUGGUCUUGAUUCAAGCCCCAGCCAUGUGAUUCCACAACACUU